GUGGAUUUGUUUGGGUUUUAAAGAGCCGCUUGGUGAUAACAACGAAGAAAGAAAGCAGGAAAGAUUGGCAGAAAUAUUAAAACGCUUUCUUUAAUUUUCUGAUCGCUUAUGCGUAAUCUCUAGGGUUUCAUUGCUGUAUUAUUCUGUUAGCUACAUGAGAGUCAUUGAAUUUUGCUAGUGUCUGGUUUGAUGUGUGGUUUUUUAGCUCGUGCGUCUGAAAUUUAAUACUACUACUACUAGCAACCCCGAGUUCACACCUCCUCGUAUUUCCGCUUUUUUGUUGGCGAAACAUACUGGACUGGUAAUAUUAAUACUGGUCUACGGGGUAGAGGGUAUCAACGUUAUAUCCAUGAUGAUGAUUCCGUUGAUCUAGCUGUGUCAGCUAACGCUUCCCAGUCAGUCAGUCAGUCAGAGUGUCUCCUUCCUUGGCAGGUGGUUGAAGCAUCAAGAAGCGACGUCGGCCGGCGGGUGUUGUAGUUCCCCGGCAACCGCCUUCCUCCAAGUAAUUGCUUAUUGUUCCAUGUCUUUUCUAGUACUUUGCGUGCUACGUUUCUAACGGGUUACAAUGCGAAAGAUUCCUUUGCAAAAAAUCAGCACCGACGAAAGGAGUCACCGUGGAACUGCCACCGGCGAGGUUGGCGUGAGCUCCUUCCUAAGGGACAGGAAAUGAAUAUUUCGAGAAACAACCUGCGCAGUGUGAAAACAUGGAGUUCCGGUUUGGGAGCUUGAUUUUCAGCUCCAAAUUUGACUCUGGCAACUUGGGCCACGUUGUGAGGGUGGAAUGCAAUGAGCCAGAUGCGGAAUCGGCCGGAAGUGGCACGGCUGUAACGGGGGGAUCGGCGGGGGGAUCGGCAGGGCCACCGGUGGGGCCACCGGCGGGGCCGCUCUCCUCCCCAGAUUAUGAGUUCAAUGUCUGGACGAAACCUGAUUGUGCGGAGACUGAAUUUGAAAAUGGGAACAGGUCCUGGUUCUACUUCAGUGUCCGAGGAGCAACUCCUGGAAAACUGAUUAAAAUCAAUGUCAUGAAUAUGAACAAGCAGAGCAAGCUGUAUUCCCAGGGAAUGGCCCCUUUGGUAAAAACUUUGCCUGUCAAGACACGGUGGGAGAGGGUACGUGAUCGGCCAACGUUUGAGAUGGUGGACAACCAGUUCAUUCUUUCUUUCUGCCAUCGCUUCUUGGAAGUUCGUAGUACUACAACAUAUUUUGCUUUCUGCUACCCUUUUUCCUAUGCUGAAUGCCAAGAUAUGUUACUACAGUUAGAUCAGAAGUUUGUCAACUCCAUGCACAUUGGCCCAAAUAGUCCUGUGGAUUCUGUGUAUUACCACCGUGAGCUGCUCUGCUACUCUCUUGAUGGCCACAGAGUAGAUCUCAUCACCGUCAGUUCGUGCCAUGGAAUGAUGGAAGAGAGAGAGCCCAGGCUAGACAAGCUAUUCCCUGACAACUGCACACCUCGCUCUCACAAGUUCAUGGGCAAAAGAGUAUUUUUCCUCAGCAGUCGGGUUCACCCAGGGGAAACACCAUCCAGCUUUGUGUUCAAUGGUUUCCUCAAUUUCAUCCUGAAGCAGGAUGAUCCUCGUGCACAAAUGUUAAGGAAGAUGUUUGUCUUCAAGCUGAUCCCAAUGCUUAAUCCUGAUGGAGUUGUGCGUGGACACUAUAGAACCGAUUCCAGGGGAGUGAACCUUAACCGCCAAUACCUCAAUCCUAGUUUUGAACUACACCCGUCAAUAUAUGGUGCCAAAGCUGUUCUACUGUAUCAUCACCUGCAAAAUCGUGUUGGGCAAGGCUGUCCAGAUUGGAGGACUUUUGCCUCUCCUCUUUCCUCCAACUUACUGAGCACAAAAUCUUCUAACCAUUCCAACACCAACUGCCUGCAUCCACCUGAGGUCUCUAUGUCGGAGAUUGAGAGGAGUAACAACCUGAGAAAUGAGGAGGGGUGCGACGGGGAGCUCUUUCCUCCUAUUGAGAGCUCCAGUCAUUUGGAGAUUCCCAUGCUGACUGAGGAGGACGUCAAGCUGUGGAGCGCAGAGGACUCGGAGAGGGCAGACCUCGACUGUGAGGACAGCUGGGGUGUUGAUGGCCACUGCGAAGAAAACGAGGGGCUAAAAACAUCUCCUCCUUCCGAGUUCAUGGCGCCUGCAGAGUGCAUUCCCCCGCAGGAGAGUGGAAUUGCCUACUACGUGGACCUUCAUGGGCACGCCUCCAAGAGGGGCUGCUUCAUGUAUGGCAAUUGUCUGUCUGAGGAAAAUGAGCAAGUUGAGAACUUGCUGUAUCCAAAGCUGAUAUCUGUGAACUCAGCACAUUUUGACUUCCUGGGUUGCAAUUUCUCUGAGAAGAACAUGUAUGCCAAAGAUAAGCGGGAUGGCCAGUCUAAAGAAGGAAGUGGUCGUGUGGCAAUCCACAAAGCCAUUGGGCUUAUUCAUAGCUAUACGCUUGAGUGUAACUAUAAUACUGGACGCUCUGUGAACACUAUUCCUCCAGCUUGCCACGAUAAUGGCCGAGCAACCCCUCCACCACCCCCCGCCUUCCCUCCAAAAUACACACCAGAAAUCUUUGAACAGGUGGGCAGGGCUGUUGCCGUGGCAGCUCUGGACAUGGCGGAGUGUAACCCCUGGACUCGCCUUAUCCUGUCGGAACACAGCUGUCUUUCCAAUCUGCGAGCCUGGAUGCUGAAGCACGUGAGAAACAGCAAAGGAAUGAAUUCCAAUAUGAAGAAGAACAGCACAAAGCCUCCUGCUAAAGGAUUCUCCAUGGGUAUGACCAGCUCUGCCUCGGAGACGGCACUGAAUCGUUCUCGGAGCAAUAGCAAUGGGACCACAAGUGGUAGCAGCAGCAGCCAGCAGACCUCUCCACAGCUCAAGAGUUCCCCCAGCUUCACCUUUGGCUGCAGCCAGGCCCUGCGAGCGUCGGGCCCUGUGGUCACGACUUCCUGCCCCCCUAGGGGUAGCCACCGGGCCCUGGGACCAGCACGAGAGUCAAAAGCUCAGGAGAAGAGGCGUCCACACCACCGCCCAAUGUUGCGAAAUGCAUCCAGCAACCCCAGCAGCCACCAGCCUUCCCCUGCCUGCCCCCCUCUCUCACUUCCUUCCUUCUCACCUUCUUCCUCUGGGAGCACAGGAUUCCAGAAAGCCACCUCUUGCCCCCAGUCCCAUGCCAGCCUGGGCCCCUGCACCAUCCCUGCAUCCUUCAGCAUGGCAGGUCUGUACUCUCUCCAGCCUCCAAGCUUCUCCAAGCUCCUCCCUUCUCUCCAAGCCAUGCCCAAGACGAAUCUCCUAAACAAGGCUUUCAGCAAGACGCUGAGCCCUCUGCUCCAUCAGGGCCUGCCUCCCCUUGCUUUUCUCAAUGACAUGUCCAGCUCUUUGGGGACAGGGGGCAGCUCAGGUGGUCAGAUAGGAAGUGCUACUAAAGAAUGAAGGAUGUAAUGUGGGGAAAAUACUGUGUAGCGGUCAGCUAGACUGUAAAAGAUGCUGCUUAAAAUUAUAUUUUUUAAAUUUCUGGUCCAGAUACGAAAAUGAAUCGGAGCUGUUUUGUCCACUACAUAAUGUGAUACUUCGAGCGUGCAACAUUUCUGCUGUUUCAUAUGCGGCAGAUGUGUAAUGCAUUGUAACAGAGACACUUGUUGAUCCAGACAGAGCCUUUGUUGUUGGUUUGUGAGCCAAUGUUGAGAGUUGAGAGCCCGAUACUGUGAGUUUCCUGCCGCUAGUAUCUGCUGCUGCCAGCUCAGUAAUACACUGCCAUGAACUGAACAUUAAAAUCUCUGCUGCGGUCUGGCUUCCCUCUUUGGACUUCCAGGUGAAUGCUGUGCAGCCUUUUGGGGCAAAUAUCAAAUAGCCUUAUGUUCACGUUGCGAUCCAGAGAAAAUUGUGUUUCUUGCCGGUUUCCAUGUUGUCUAUUUUCACAAAGCAAAUGUCAGUGGAUAUAGGUCUACUUAAAGUGGAGCGAGUCUUCAGGUUUAUUUCUGAAUGCAAUUAUUAGACAAAGUAAAGGCGACGUUUUUUUUGCCUACUUUUUAUAAUAUAGUGUUAUGUGGGAAAUUUUACUCUGUGGUGUAAUGGAUCAAAAAGGUGAUUUCCAUUCUUUAAAACAUCACUGACUGACUGUUUUGGAUUUUUUUUUUUUUCUUUUUUUAAGAAGAACUCCACCAAAAAUGGUUGAACUUUUGUUUUGCUGCAUUGCACUUUUAAAAUAUUUAUUUGUGUAAAUAUAAAAAUUCAUUGUGUGACGUUUUCCCUUGAGAUUUCUGUAUUGUCAAGGUAAUCGCUGCACAAAAUUAAUCAAUUUUUCUGUAUUCUGUGACAAUGUAGCAGCUUUGACAGUGUUUAGUUGGUUUGUCAGGAGCAUUUUAAUAGAAUAUACACGGCUGGUAUUUUCUACAAUCUGUGCACUUUUUACAGUAUUUUUAAUGAUCACAUGUGCUGGAAAAUUCUUCUAAUAUGAAGCCUCGCCAGUGCCACAUCAUUUCAGAUUAUUGAAAGUUAUCAUUUUUGACAGUAACCUUUGCACCUUUCUCUGUAACUUAAAGGGGGAAAGCUAUGGAAUUGUGGAAACAGCUGAUUUCUUAUGUCUUAUGCACAGUGUACUGAAUUUUGAUAAAUGUUAUAUUUCUAGAAGUAAUUGGUUCUUUCACAGUAAAAUGCAGUACCACUAUGCACAAUAUUAUCAGUUAACCUGUAUAUACUGAAACAUAUUGGUUGAUAUAUUUCAAGGGCAGUAAUUCUGAGCAUCAAAACUUAAUAUGAUAUAUGGCAAAAUAUGUAAAUGUACUAUUACACCUAAUUAUAGUUAUGUUCAUGUGGAAAAAUAUACUUAAAAAUAUACUCGCAUACUAUAAAGUUAGGUAAAAACUUGCACCUGAAAAUGGUCUUUGAGGAUUUUAUAUCUGUGCAGGCAGGUUUUCAUGUUAUCAUAAGCUGUGAAAGUGAUAUAUUGUAAUGAGUAUUAUCUUUAAGGAGUGAAAAUUAUUUGUUGGGAUAGUUAAUGUGUCACAAAUGUGCAUUAACAGUAAGAAAAUGUAUUGGAAAACUUUUUUCCAAUAUGAUGUAAUAUAUAUCUGGUGGUCCAUAUUGUUGCGUGUGUAGUUAGUAAUGGAGAUGGAUGAACCGACAAUUUAGUGUCAGGAUAUGUUCACAGCAUUUGCUUUAA